UGCGCAAGGAAUGAUGAAAAGAGGAAACUACCCCAGUUUAACCCUCGAGUAUUUUAACGUAAAGUCAGUAGCAACCGCGGCAUCCGCAUGGUUGGUCACCUCGGCGAUAACUCCAUGUUGAGAUCGACUAUUUUCUUACGAGUUAUAUCAAAAUUGAAUUUAUUUUUACUAUUUAAUUACAUGAAAAAGUCAAUUAUAUUAUAAAUUCAAUUUAUUUUCAAGUGUUUCUAAGUAUUUACUAGAAUACAAUGUAAAUAAAAUCGUAUAUCAAGUGGAAGAGGAGGUUAAAGGAAAGUUUCGAAAACUUGAUGUUGGAAUGUAAACAAGACAGUAAAGAUAUAGUAAUAGACAGAGAUUCUGUAGAGCAAUUAGCUUAUUGAUCUGUUAGAAGGAUGGGUUGUCAAUAGAUUAAUUUUGAUUUAUUAAUAAUCAAUUACUCUAAUAAUUCUAUAUAAUUAUGGGAGAUAAUUGAAUAUAUCAUUUGAUGAAAUUAAUAGUUAGAUGCAAGAAACUGUAAAAAUGAAAACAACACUUGAAGAUUUGGAUUCAAUACCUGAUCAAUAUCUCCAAGCUGUUGCUCAUUAUAUUUAUGGCUUGAGAAAUUUAUCGGAAACUGAAGACUUGACAAAACCACAUUUACGAUCAUCUGUGGUUCAAAUUUAUCCGCUUUUUGUUUUUCUCUAUACCUUGUUAAUUUUUUUUGGAGUUGUUUUUAAUAUUUUUAUGAUGUUUCAUAUUUUUAAAAAUAAAUUACAUCGAGAUCCUACGUAUGCUUAUUUAAUUAACAUCGCCAUAUCGGAUGUGAUAAAAUGCAUUUUCGUUUUACCGUUUACGUUAGUGGUUCUUUUGCUGCAGAAUUGGAUUUUCGGAAAGUUUCUUUGCUAUUUUUUGCCCAUCAUGCAGGACGUUCCUUUCCAUGUGUCCAUGAUGACUUAUUUGCUUAUCGCUGGCGAUCGAUAUCGAGUUCUAAGUGAUCCUGGAAAGCCAAGAAUACCAGCAUUUGUUUGUUCCUUGGGUUCGUGGUUUUUCGCUGUUUGUAUUGCCCUGCCUCAUCCAAUUUAUACCGUUCAUAUUGAUCUAUCUGAGUUUCAAAAUGAUUUUGAUGGUCUUGGAAUCUGUAUAACAAAUCUUGUGGAUAAUAUUCAACAAUAUAUGAGAGGUUUAUUUUUAUUAACGUAA